UUCCGGUGUGAGUGAAGUGGGAACGUUGAAUUCUGUAGCACACGAGGUUCGGGUUCCUGACGUGUUGCCAUGGAAUCUCGGGUGACAGCAACACAGCCCCCCGCCAGGAAAAUGGUGACCCCAACAGUGACGCAGAUGAACGCGGAGUUUGUCACCCAGCUGGCUAAAUCCUAUUGGGCUCCACAUUCAAAGAAGAAGCUUCCCUUUGAUUAUAAGGUUAUAGAAGACAUAUACUUCAAGGAAAUUAUCAAGUCUCGAUUUGCUAUAAGGAAGAUAAUGCUCCUGGAGUUCAGUCAGUACUUGGAAAAUUACCUGUGGUUGAAUUACUCACUUGAAGUUUCAAGCAAAGCCUACCUUAUGUCCAUUUGCUGUAUGGUAAAUGAGAAAUUUCGGGAGAAUGUCCCUGCCUGGGAGACCUUUAAGAAGAAACCCGAGCAGUUCCCCUCUUUCUUCAAGAGCAUAAGAGAGGCAUCCGUGGCUGAAGAGUCGGAGACGGACUUCUCCUUACAUGAGCGCACAGUUCUGCUUCUGUUCUUGGAUCACUGCUUCAACAGCCUGGAAGUUGACUUAAUCCGUGGACAGAUCCAGCAACUGAUAUCCCUACCUAUGUGGAUCUGCCUGCGGCCUACUCGACUGGAACAGGAAUUGAAGAAAACUCCAAAGCUGAAAAAGUUCUGGAACCUUAUAAAGAAAACUGAUGAGAAAAUGGAUGAAAAGGCUCGUGCACUAGCCACCCAGGAAAAGAAAUUUUUAUGGCAUCUUAUACAGAGGUUCCUGUCUGUCCUUCAGUCAAUCCCAGCAACAGGUUCCGUCUCCAUGGAGAAAGUACAUUACUGUGAGCGUUUCAUAGAACUCAUGAUUGACCUAGAGGCUUUACUUCCCACACGUCGCUGGUUUAAUACAGUGCUGGAUGACUCCCACCUUGUUGUCCAUUGCUACUUAUCCAACCUCUGCAAUAGAGAGCAAGAAGGACACUUGUUUUCUCAGCUCCUGGAUAUGUUAAAGUUUUACACUGGCUUUGAAAUCAAUGACCAAACGGGAAACGCCCUCACGGAGAAUGAGAUGACUACUAUUCACUAUGAUCGGAUCACCUCACUGCAGAGAGCAGCUUUCGCUCACUUCCCAGAGCUCUACAAUUUUGCUCUUUCCAACGUGGCGGCUGUGGAUACUCGGGAAUCCCUUGUGAAGUGCUUUGGGUCUUUGAGUCCCAACACCCUCCACCAAGUGGCCUCGUACCUCUGUUUAUUGCCAGCGUUAGCUGAAGGGGAGGGGACUAAAUAUGACCGAGAAUUUCUGCUGGACUUGCUGGUAUCUCGUCAUGAGCGGCGUAUCUCUCAAAUCCAGCAGCUGAACCAGAUGCCCUUGUAUCCCACAGAGAAGAUCAUAUGGGAUGAGAACAUUGUGCCCACAGAGUACUAUUCUGGGGAAGGGUGUCUGGCAUUGCCGAAGUUGAAUCUGCAGUUUCUUACUCUACACGACUACCUUCUUCGUAAUUUCAACCUCUUCCGUUUGGAGUCUACGUAUGAGAUCAGGCAGGAUAUUGAAGACAUUGUGUGCCGGCUGAAGCCCUGGCAAUCUGAAUAUGGUGGCGUGGUUUUUGGUGGAUGGGCUCGCAUGGCUCAGCCCAUCGCUGCUUUCUCAGUGGUGGAAGUGGCAAAGCCAAAUAUUGGGGAGAAUUGGCCGACUCGAGUUCGAGCAGACGUCACCAUCAACUUAAAUGUCAGAGACCAGAUAAAAGAUGAAUGGGAAGGUCUCCGGAAACAUGACGUCUGCUUCCUGGUCACUCUGCGGCCAAUGUUACUAUACGGCACAAAGAUCGAUAGGAGACAAUCCAUUGUGGAGCAGACUGGUCUGAUGUAUGUCCGAGGCUGUGAGAUUCAAGGCAUGCUGGAUGAAAAGGGGCGAGUCAUUGAGGAAGGACCUGAACCUAAACCCAAACUUAAAGGAGAUACAAGGACAUACCGGGUGUUUCUUGACCCCAAUCAGUAUCAGCAAGACAUGACAAACACCAUUCAGAAUGCGGCUGAGGAUGUGUACGAAACCUUCAAUGUGAUCAUGAGGAGAAAACCAAAAGAGAACAACUUUAAGGCCGUCCUGGAGACCAUCAGGAAGCUCAUGAACACGGAGUGUGUGGUGCCUGACUGGCUUCACGAUAUUAUUUUGGGAUAUGGUGAUCCCAGCAGUGCACACUACUCGAAAAUGCCAAAUCAGAUCCAGACGUUAGAUUUCAAUGAUACCUUUCUGAGUCUUGACCAUCUGAAGGCUUGUUUUCCUGGGUAUAAGGUGAAGGUCACUGUAGAAGACCCAUCCUUGCACAAGGCCCCUUUCAGGAUUACUUUUCCUGGCUACGGGGGCAAAGGUAAAAAGCGAAAAGAGGACAGCGACGAAGGAGCCUCCCAAGAUGAGCCACUCACAUUGAUUGUGGAGCCUCAUGUUAUUCCCAACCGUGGGCCCUACCCAUACAACCAGCCUAAGCGGAAUACCAUCCAGUUCACUGCAACACAGACGGAAGCUAUUCGUGCCGGAAUGCAACCUGGACUUACCAUGGUGGUUGGACCUCCCGGGACAGGGAAAACGGAUGUAGCCGUUCAGAUCAUUUCCAAUCUGUAUCACAAUUACCCUGAGCAGAGGACUCUUAUCGUCACACAUUCUAACCAGGCGCUCAACCAGCUGUUUGAGAAGAUUAUGGCCUUAGAUAUUGACGAGAGGCACCUCCUGCGUCUGGGGCACGGAGAGGAGGAGCUGGAGACGGAGAAGGAUUUCAGCAGGUAUGGGAGAGUGAAUUAUGUGCUGGCACGGAGACUGGAGCUUCUGAAAGAAGUGGGACGUCUACAGGAGAGUCUGGAGGUUCCUGGGGACGUGUCCUAUACAUGUGAGACAGCUGGCCACUUCUUUUUGUAUCAGAUAAUGUCACGAUGGGAGGCCUACCAGAGCAAGGUGAAAAACAAGUCAUCCCAAGCCCCUGACGUGGGCGACAUCGCAAAAUUCUUUCCUUUCCACCAGUACUUCUCCAAUGCCCCUCAGCCUAUAUUCAAAGGACGCUCCUAUCAGGAGGACAUGGAGAUCGCUGAAGGAUGUUUCCGGCACAUUAAGAAAAUAUUCACACAGCUAGAGGAGUUUCGGGCCUUUGAGUUAUUGCGCAGUGGGCUGGAUCGUUCCAAGUAUCUCCUUGUAAAGGAGGCCAAGAUCAUCGCCAUGACAUGUACACAUGCUGCUCUAAAACGUCACGACCUUGUGGACCUAGGCUUCAAGUACGAUAACAUCUUGAUGGAAGAAGCUGCUCAGAUUCUAGAAAUUGAGACCUUCAUCCCCCUCCUCCUGCAGAACCCAGAAGAUGGCUUCAGUCGGUUGAAGCGAUGGAUCAUGAUUGGAGACCAUCACCAGUUGCCACCUGUGAUCAAGAACAUGGCCUUCCAAAAAUACUCAAACAUGGAGCAGUCACUGUUCACGCGGUUUGUCAGGCUUGGUGUGCCAACUGUAGACCUCGAUGCCCAAGGAAGAGCUAGAGCAAGUCUGUGCAAUCUGUACAACUGGCGCUACAAAAGUUUGGGGAACCUUCCUCACGUGCAGCUACUGCCUGAAUUUAGAGCAGCAAAUGCUGGAUUUUUGUAUGACUUCCAACUCAUAAAUGUUGAAGACUUCAAUGGAGUAGGGGAGUCGGAGCCCAACCCCUAUUUUUACCAGAAUCUUGCAGAGGCAGAGUAUGCAGUAGCCUUGUUUAUGUAUAUGCGCCUUCUUGGAUAUCCUGCCAACCGUAUCAGUAUCCUGACCACAUACAAUGGGCAGAAGCAUCUCAUCCGUGACAUCCUCAACCAGCGCUGUGGCAAGAACCCUGUGAUAGGACAACCUAGUAAGGUCACCACCGUGGACAGAUUCCAGGGACAACAGAAUGACUAUAUUAUCUUGUCACUUGUCAGAACCAAGGCUGUGGGUCACCUGAGGGACGUGAGGCGUUUAGUGGUUGCGAUGUCAAGAGCUCGUCUUGGACUCUACAUAUUUGCUCGCGUUUCCCUCUUCCAGAACUGCUUUGAGCUGACUCCUGCAUUCAGACAACUGACUGCACGCCCUCUGCGGCUCCACAUUUUACCCGGAGAAUCUUUCCCAACGCAGAGGAGGAAUGGAGAUGUGCCACACUACCCAGCGCAGGUUAUCAAGAAUAUGCCAGAGAUGGCAGCAUAUGUGUACAACAUGUAUAUGCACAUGAUGCAAAGCAGUCAGCAAUACCAGUAUCACCAGGGCCUGUUGCCUCCACCAUCCGGCAGAACAGAAAAGGAUGUUACUCCUUCUCAAGAGGAAGAGAUGGAGGUGGAAGAGACUGUACCUCAACAAAAUGAAGAAAAGCCCAAAACCUCAGAUGCAGAGUCCAAAGAAAGAGCAACAGCAGAGCCUUCAGAGGGUGAGGAGGAGAAGAAAACGACACCACUUUCGGCAAAGGAAGACAAGCAGGAGAAUACAAGUCCUGAGAAGAUUAGUCAGGUAGCUUCAGAGGAAGCACGAGGAGAGGAACUAGUGACGCCUAGUAAUCCACCAGAAGUGCCUGAUGAAAUGUCAGAGACGGGGGUAGAGGACAGCGAGCCUGGACCACAGAUGGAUACGGAUUCAACAGGAACCAAAGAUGAGGCAGAGAACAUAGGAUAUGGCAAUAGCCAGCCAGCAGAGGAUGGGACAGAACAUCAAAAGAUGCCUGAUCAUCCUGGAAGGGAUAGUGACAGUGAAUACAGCGAAGACGAGGGGACACAGGACUAGAUUAUCCGUGGGUGCAUCUGGUUAUCACCUGAGAAAUCCAUACAGCCUUGGCGGUGUAAUAUAUAUAUAUAUAUAUAUAUUGUAAGCUGGGGGAGUCUCUGAUUCUUUGUCCCCAUUUAUAGUCCUAAUGCUCAGAAGCUUUGUAACAAUUAUUGGCCAGGACUGAAGACAGAGCUUAAUUAUCUGCCCGUGGAAGAUGCAGACUGAUCCGGUUUACAUCUCCUCGUAGAAGCGGCCUCACGUCUAUAAGAAGUCUGCCGCUGAUCUGUAUAAGCUCUGCCAUUGUUUAAGGGAAAAAUCUAAUGAGGUUUGAUGUACAAGAUAAGAGGAUGCUUUCCAGUAUGCUAUACUAAGGGAAGGUUAAUAUGUGUAUGGACCAGAUGGGGUGGAUGAUCACUAUUCACAGUGAAUUUCUUGUGGUCCACCCAAAUUGUAGACUGUAUUUUAUUUUUAUUUUUUGUGUGUGCAAACUUGGCAGUAAAGUUUAUU